ACAUCCAGAGAGCAACAGCAGGAAGAUCACAGAGCUAAGAGGUCUCACCACUGCCCACAUUGUGAGGAGAUUUUCCCAUUUCUAUCAAAGCUAAAAAUACACCUAAAACUACAUACAGGAGAGAAUCCGUAUUCCUGCACUAACUGUGGAAAGAGAUUCACAACAUCACAAUCUCUGACAGUUCAUCAGAGAGUGCACACUGGAGAGAAGCCUUACUCUUGCUCUUUAUGUGGGAAGAGGUUCUCUCAACAGAUCCACUUACAAACACACCAACAUGUACAUACAGGAGUGAAGCCAUACUCCUGCUCUGAGUGUGGGAAGAGGUUCUCUCAACAGUUCCACUUACAAAUACACCAACAUGUACAUACAGGAGUGAAGCCAUACUCCUGCUCUGACUGUGGGAAGACUUUCUCCCGAUUGGAUACCUUAAAAACACAUGAACGUAUACAUACAGGAAAUAAUCCGUAUUCCUGUACUGACUGCGGGAAGACUUUCUCCCGAUUGGAUACCUUUAAAAUACAUGAACGUAUACAUACAGGAGAGAAUCCAUAUUCCUGUACUGACUGCGGGAAGAGCUUCACAACGUCAGGGACGCUGAUAAUUCAUCAGAGAGUGCACACUGGAGAGAAACCUUACUCCUGCUCUGACUGUGGGAAGAGGUUCUCUCAACAUAUCCACUUACAAAAACACAAACGUCUACAUACAGGAGAGAAGCCUUACUGCUGCUCUGACUGUGGGAAGAGUUUCUCUCAACAGAACCACUUCAGAUCUCACCAGCGAAUACAUACAGGAGAGAAGCCUUACUGCUGCUCUGAAUGUGGGAAGAGUUUCAUCCGAUUGGAAAUAUUAAAAUGCCACCAGCGAAUACAUACAGGAGAGAAGCCUUACUGCUGCUCUGACUGUGGGAAGAGUUUCUCACAACUGGGCAACUUAAAAACACACCAACUUAUACAUAAAGGAGAGAAGCCUUACUCCUGCUCUGACUGUGGUAAGUGCUUCACAACAUCAACUGAUGUAAAAGUUCAUAAAAGAGCACACACAGGAGAGAAGCCUUACUACUGCUCUGACUGUGGUAAGAGUUUUGCCAGAUUGUAUACCUUAAAAACACAUCAAUGUAUACAUAAAGGGGAGAAGCAAAAUCAGUUCUCUCAGACCAACUAAGAUUAAAGUCAUUGCAUCACUUAAUUCUCAAGAAAGCAUAGCACACUAUUGUAAUCCUAUUGUUUCUCAUUGUGAGAGAACUGUGCAGAGGAAAGGGAGCGUUAUAGAAUGUUAGCCUCUCUUUACUUUACUGAUCAGUGUGCACCUGGUCAGUUUUGAUGUGUUUUGUUAGCCUCUACUUUACAUAUAUUGAGAGGACUUUGGAUUUGCCCUUAGGGUUGAAUAUCCUCUGUGAGGUUGGUUGACUGGGUGGUAUUGCUUUCCUCUGCAUUUUUCUGUGAGGAAAGAGAUACAACAUGUAUCAGAUAGAGAUGGUGUGAUGAUCAGUUUUCUGUGGGAAUGAGUUAGUAGACACAACAUGUAUCAGAUAGAGAUGGUGUGAUGAUCAUUUUUCACCAUAAUUUUGGGUGGAUUGUUUUAGCUAUUAAAGGACUAUUUGUUUAAUUAUAUACAGUUUAUGAAACAACUACAUGUGUUUUAUUCAAUUGUAUUUAAAAACUAGAUGAGUUAUUUUCAUCAUUGAUGAUGGAUAUGUUUAGGUUACUCUAUUGAAGCCAACUUCAUUGACAUGCCAAUAAAAAGUAAAUGAAUUUGUAAAUGAA